UAUUCCGAGAAUUUUAUUUUCCGUCGGAAUGUCCGUCAGAAUACCGCUGUUUUCUUGUAGUGUUACUUGCCAACCUCUUGGACAAUAACCCUAAGUGCCUAACUUAAUGAGAAAUGGAGUAUUUUUUUAUCAGAAAAUCAGGCAUAUUUCAUAUAUUUAUACAGAUUUAAUGAAAUAGCUGACCAAUUAAUUACGCGGCAAAUAACUUUUUCAAAAAGAAAAACAAUAACUUAUACAAAAAAGUCACUAAUAUUCUUUGCUUCUUUGGUAGUGGCAGACAUGAGGAGCUCGACUACAGUUCACAUCACGUGGAGUCAUGGGGGUUACACGUGUAACCACACGUGCGAGUUUGCUUCAUAAUACUCCUCCGAGGAUUAAUUAAAGACAUAAAUAAGUUUUAUUAGUUCUUUUAUAUAAUGACCCAGCUAUAUAAAACAGGGUAUAAAACUAAGUAUUGUGAUCAAUCAAUCAAAUCUUUCUUCAUUGGAUCUAAAGCUGAAGCAGUUUCCAGGAAAAAUGGAAAACCUUAAGUAAAGGUUCCCUUUUCUCUUUAUUAAAGUUGUACUUAUUAUAAAUAUGAAUGGAUUAAUAACUAACAUAUUAUUAAAAUAAUACAAUACAGUUUACUAUAAAUAAGAUCCUCAGAACUUCGAACAGCAACAAUGGGUCAAUCUUGUUUCUUCAGAGUUUUCCUUGUUUCCUCUCUUAUACUACUUAUAUUCUUCUCCACUGCCAUGGGGAGAAACUUGCGAACUACAAAGUUGUCAGGAGUUCACAGCACUGCUGAGCUAUUUCCUUCCAAGGAUGGCAUUGUGCGGAAUAUGAUUGAGCUGAUGGACUACACGCCGCCGGAGUCCAACACCAAUUGGAGUGGUUUCGUCGCCACUCCUCCUCCCCAAUCUCCUCCACUUCCAUAAUUUGUCCAAACAAAGAAAAAAAAAACUCUCUUUUCAGGUUUACUUUUCGCAAGCAAAGAAAAAAAAAACUAUUUUCAGGUUUAGUUUUCGAAAACCAAAGUUUGAUGUUUGAGUAUUUUGGCAAUAAAUAACGGUAUGUAAUAUUUUAAGCUUUACUCUCUCAGUUGUGGAAAUUAUGAGUUCAAAGUGUAACAUAAAUUGGUUGGUGGACGCAUGAAAUAUGCCAAUUGAAAAUAUAUAUUUCGGCGUAUCAAUUGUUGUUCUCUUAAUUACUUUUUGCACUUGAAAUAUAUGUCAACGUUUCAAGAUUUAUAUACCGUUUUAAGUAACAACCACUUCAGACACAUGAUGUUGGUGGUCGAGGCAUCGUUUCCCGUUGGAAAAAGAAAUAGGCUUUGCGGGCUGGAUCCGGGUCGGAGUUUCAAUCACCGGUUGUUGCGAAUCCAAGUCAGAUACUGUAGUAGCUGUAGUAGUUAUUACAUCCAUGACUUCAAAAUAUAAUGUUACUAUCAACUGGUUACUAUC